GUGCCAUGGCGCCGCCCGUCCAUCGUCACGCCUUCUUGCUUUUCCCUCAAGGACUUGAGUGCUCCAGUCGCUCAGCACAAACCCCCCCGCAUUUUCGAGAUCCCUCUACCACAGACUACUCGGCCCCCCUUCACCGCAGUCAUGGCUGGUAAAGCAAUACUACUGUCGCUGCUUGCGGCAACUUGCCUGGCCUCUGAGGCAAGCAAGCCCAUCGAAGAGAAGGCGCCAAUCAUCCUCGGGUCUUACAUUGUCGAAUAUGAGGAUGGGCAAAUGGACACGGACGCAUUUCGCAACGAGAUUGCAUCUGACGCGCACGUCAAGAUGGAUCUCAAGUUUGAGCUGUUCAAAGGCGCCUCGAUUCAGUUCCACGACAGCGACCACGUUGAGGAGACUGCUUCCAAGAUAGCGGGAAUGCCGUCCAUCAAGCGCAUGUGGCCCCAACGCCAGUACAAGAUUCCCGAUUACCAGGUCAGCUGGGCCGGCAACAUGCCUGACGCUCAGGCCAAUGCCGUUAUGAGGCGCCAGAGCGACGGCAACGACACCUUCACGCCGCAUCUCAUGACUCAAGUCAACCAGUUGAGGAACAAGGGCUUUGUGGGCAAGGGCGUCAAGGUUGCCGUGAUCGAUAGCGGAGUCGACUACAAGCAUCCCGCCCUCGGUGGUUGCUUUGGACCCGACUGUCUGGUAUCCUUUGGAAAUGAUCUCGUUGGUGAUGCCUUCAACGGGACCAACACGCCCAUCCCUGACAACGAUCCCAUGGACUGCGGUGGACAUGGAACCCAUGUCAGCGGCAUUAUUGCCGCCCAGACUAACAAUCCUUUCGGCAUCAUCGGCGCUGCUACCGGGGUAACCAUGGGCCACUACCGUGUAUUCGGGUGCGAGGGUGCAACCAGUGACGAUGUUCUUAUCCAGGCUUACAACAUGGCCUAUCAGGAUGGUGCGGACCUGAUCACCGCUUCCAUCGGCGGGUCUUCGGGCUGGCCAGAGCAGGCUUGGGCUGUUGCUGUCACGAGGAUUGUCGAAAAGGGAGUCCCGUGUGUGCUUGCGGCAGGCAACGACGGAGCCACAGGAAUGUUCUUCUCCAGCUCGGCAGCCGAUGCCAGGGGCGCUACCGCCAUCGCCUCUUUUGACAACUCGAUCACGCCCCAGCUCCUUAGUAACGCAACAUAUCGUGUGGACGGCGGCCAGGAAGUCGCCUUUUCCUACACGGCUGGAACGCCCAGCAAGUGGGCAAAUGUAACCUUGCCGCUUUACGCUGUCAACUUCGACACCAACGACGCCCAGAACGCCUGCAACCCACUGCCAGACAACACCCCGGACCUCAGCAACUCUAUCGUCCUGAUCCGUCGUGGUACCUGCGCCUUCACGCAGAAGGCCACCAACGUCCGUGCCAAAGGUGCAAAGUACAUUGUCUUUUACAACAACGCCCCGGGAACCGCGUCCAUUAGCGUUGCGGCGGUGGAUGGUAUACUUGGCGCUGCCACCGUUGAUGCCGAAACCGGCAAGUCCUGGAUAGCAGAGCUGUCAGCUGGCCGCAAUGUGACCCUGGCCAUGACUGAUCCGCUGACCGCCCCCAAGUUCCUGGUCAACGCACCCAACUCAGCCUCGGGGGGCGCUCCCAGUGCCUACAGCAGCUGGGGCCCAACGUUCGAGGGUCAGGUGAAGCCUCAGGUUGCCGCCCCUGGCGGAAACAUCUUGUCCACCUAUCCUCUUGCCAAGGGUGGCUACGCCGUCUUGUCGGGCACUUCGAUGGCCUGCCCACUGACGGCCGGAGCUUACGCCUUGAUCAUGAACGUCCGCGGCAUCAAGGAUCCCAAGACCCUCGAGAACCUUGUUGCGGCGACCGCCAAGCCGACCUUGUUCAACAGUGGCACUGCAUCAGCCAACUAUCUGGCUCCCAUCCCACAACAGGGUGCCGGUCUGCUCCAGGCUUACGAUGCUGCCUACACCACGACCCUGUUGAGCGCCAGCAGCCUUGCCUUCAACGACACGGACAACUUCGUGCCGGUGCAGAACUUUACCAUCAGCAACAACGGUUCAAGCUCCGUCACGUACACACUCUCGCAUCGCGGGGCAGCCACGGCCUUCACCUUCUCGACCAACGCCUCUGACAUCACCCCGGCCGUCUUCCCCAACGAGCUGGUGGCCACCUACGCCAACCUCCAGUUUAGCCAGGAGAAGCUAGAGAUCGCCGCCGGUGGCAACGCGCAGAUUGCCGUGACCGUGACACCUCCCACCGGCCUAGACGUCAGGCGCCUACCCGUCUACUCUGGUUACGUGACCAUCAAUGGCACCGAUGGCUCGUCCUUCUCGCUGCCGUACAUGGGAAUUUUGGGUAGUAUCCACGCUCAACGCACACUGGACCCGCAGCAGACUUUCCUGUCGUCCAACCAGAUCCCAAGCAACUUUACCGAGGACAACCCGCCGCGCGUCCCGGCCGGACACCAGUUUGACCUGCCGCCGCCAGGCGAGGCCAACAACACCCAGUACGUGCUCGUGUCGGAGAUGCCGCGCCUGAGCAUCAACCUGGCCUGGGGCACGCCUCUGCUACGCGCUGACGUGGUCGCCAUCCGCGACAAUGCGACUGAGACGGAGCAGCCGGCUGAAGAGACUGAGGUUCUGGGGCUCAAGACGGCGGGCAGCCUGCGAUUCUUCCCUCAGCGAUUCCAGUCGCGAACAAGGAGCUUUGUCAGGUGGGAUGGUAUCCUGGACUCAGGAAAGUACGCUCCUCCUGGCCAAUACAAGAUUGUAUUCAGAGCACUAAGGGUAUUUGGCGACAGUGAGAAGAAGGAGGAGUACGAUGCUGUCGAGACGGUGCCGUUCAAGAUAAAGUACAUCAACAAAUAG